AUGUCUUCAGAUCAACGGUACAAGAACGUCUCGGAGAACACAGUGUAUGUAGAAGGACUGCCAUUCAGCUGGACAGAGGAGGAUAUAUAUAAUCACUUCAAAGAGUGCGGUCAGAUCCUUAGUGUCCGUGCACCGAAAUGGGAAGAUAGUGGACGGCUGAGGGGAUACGCCCAUGUCACUUUGGCUGACGAAAGUGCUUUCGCCGAGGCCCUUAAACUGGAUGGAUCUAAGGCUUGGGCAGGAGGCAGUGCACGACAACGCUGGCUUAAGGUCACUGCGGCAAUGUCUGGCAGCAACUCUGGUGCAUCUACCAGCUGGUCACCGAAACAAGUCGAUGAGAAAGCCAAGAUCCUCUUCGUGAAGAACAUUCCAUAUGACAUUUCGGAGGUAGAGAUUUCUAAGCUCUUCAGCACUAUGGGGGACGUCGAGAAUGUCCGUGUGGUCACUGCUGGACCGGAUCGUCGGAAUAAGGGUUUCUGCUACGUCACGUUCGAAGCUGCUGGUGUGGUACGACGGAUAUGCGCGCGGAAGGAGCCUUGGAAGCUGAAGGGAAGGGUGCUGCAGCUUGACGUGGAUGAUGGCAGCGGUUUACGGUCUGGAUUCCAUUACCGUGCCGAGGCGUAUGAGACGGGUCAUGGGAGGAAGGUGAAGCGCCAAUACGCUGUUGAGGAGGAGGAGGCCGUCGAGAAGGCCCCAAAGAAGAAGGCUAAGAAAAGCAAGAAAGCAGCCAGGCCCGAGGUUGAGGGAAUCACUGUCACCAAGAAGUCUCUGUUGGAUGAUUGAACUCAGUCAUUUACCCCACUGCUGACUUACCAGCCUUACGAUAGUCUCU